GACGGCGCUAUACAACAUCGACCACCAAUUCCACAGGCAAUCACUCUCUCUUUGCCGUUGUUCAAUCAAGAUGGCGGCCCAAAACUCAGCAGGCAUCCAGACGCUGCUCGAUGCUGAACGCGAGGCGCAGAAGAUUGUACAGAAAGGUACGCUACCGAACAAAACGAGUAAAGGACGCCCGAUCAGAAGCUCAAAAAGAAAUCGGGGAGUACCGAAACCAGAAAGAAGAGGAGUUCAAGCAGUUCGAGUCGCAGCACACAUCCGGCAACAAGAAAGCCGAAGAAGACGCGGACAAGGAGACGAAUCAGAAGUUGGACGAGAUCAAGGGCAUUGGGAAGAAGACCGGGCCCAAGGUCGUGGAGGAUCUAUUGAAGGCUGUUAUGGAUGUGCAACCUCAGGUACCCGAGCGGGUGGAUCAGCCUGUGGCAUAAGAGCGGCUGUAACGGAAGGGCGAAGGAUGAAGUUUGCAUAGAGGUUGGGAGGCUUUGAUGCGAGAUACCUGCCUACUACCUACUGCACUGCACUGCAUACAUGUCAUCUGAGACAAGCCUCAUACAUUCACCCGUGCGUGAUCAUGUAUGCGUGGUUUCUCCUCGACCUACGCCCAACCCUAAAUGGAUAUGAAGAAGGUUCACUUUAGUGACUGCAUUGUCUGAUGAAAGGCAAUAGCGAGCCGUCGAUGC